AAUUGGUUAAGUGUACAUACCUCCUGUCUAAAGCAUGUCGCAUUUAAACCUAUCGUUAUUUUUCAUAGUAUUUAGUAUUAUUAAAAUUGUGUCUCCCUACAAUGAUUUUUUUGACGAGGAAUUAAUGUUAAAACCAUUGUCAAGCAAUCAUGUUUAUGCAUACUUUCAAUUUACCACUUUGUGGGAAGCACCAAAAGAAGCAAAAACACUACAACAUUCCCACUUAUUUCCAAGAGGACUCGGAGAAAUUAUAAGCCGCCACAGUGUAGAUGAAUUACAUCUGACUUUAACCAAAGGCUUGUGGAAUUACCAAAAGUGGGGCUAUCCUUAUCACGAUGCUGGUCCUGGUGCAGAAAUAACCACAUGGUUUAACAAAGAUGUUGUCAAUGUUGACAAUGAGUGGAAAGGCUUGACAAAUGCUUUAGCUGGACUAUUCUGUGCUUCCUUGAAUUUUGUUAAUCCCUCGAACAGUAUGUCUCCUAAGUUCACAUUUCGCCCUACAGGUGUUAUAGAAAAUAAUAACAUUAACUCUACUUAUUUACGAUAUUCGUCGUUACCAAGAGAAAUAGUUUGUACAGAAAAUUUAACACCAUUCAAAAAAUUAUUACCGUGUGAUUCUAAGAAAGGUUUGGCAACAUUGUUGAAUUCUGCGUAUAUUCAUAACACAAACUAUCAUUCCAUUGGAGUACACUUUCGUGUAAUAUGUUCGAAUACAAAAUGCACAAAAACGUCACUGGAAUUACGACAAUCUGUGUCGCUAAUAUAUGAUACUAUGGUAGACGCAUCCCAGGAUUGGUCGGUUAGAAAAUUUUUUGGAAUGGGAAUUAAAGGAGCAUGUCCCCUUGCCACGCUGAGCAAUGUAUAUGUUGAUAUAUCCAAUAACAAUACAAAUCAAGUUUACCGAUUAACACCGCCACCGAGUGCUAAUAUCACUAGUCUUCGCGGAGGACAAGUAAAUAAAAUAGCUGUAUAUGACAUUAGAUCUCAUUCUGCGAAAAGAAUGUUUAAUAUCGGAGUAACGCAUAAAGCUGGUACUAAAGUUGGUUUGAAUUAUCCAUCGAUUAUAUAUGCAAAUAGAUAUAUUAUCGGAUAUGGACAAGAAAGGGGUAGUUUAGUAACAAAGCUUUAUAAUAAUUACUGGCAACCGCUUGAUAUUGUGCUGUUAGAAAAUAUUCCAUGGUAUUUGCCAGUAUAUUUACAUUCUGUUACAAUAACAUGUGGUGGACGGCAAAUUGUUCCGUUGGUUCAACGUUAUCUGCCAGGCAAAGAACGAAAAAGUCCGUACUACUUAGAAAUGAUUUUGCGUUUACCACCGCAAUCAGUAACCAAGUUCUCCAUAGAAAUGGAUUAUUCAUUUCUUAAAUGGCAAGAAUACCCACCGGAUGCUAAUCACGGAUUUUACAUGGGUUCAGCGAUUAUCACAGCGAUACUUCCGAUCGCAAGGAAUUAUACUGCACUACCACUUGAUGGAAGUACUAUAACGUCAAGCUUUAAUGCUUCAAGAAACGGAUACUUGGUACAAUUGAGAACGGAAUCAUUGCUCAUCAGUUUGCCCACACCAGAUUUCAGUAUGCCGUACAAUGUAAUUUGUUUAGCGUGUACAGUAAUCGCUCUUGCGUUCGGACCUCUUCAUAACGUCUCCACCAAAAAAUUAGUUUUAAAGAAAAUCGAAAUGGGUUGGAAAGAGAAAUUAUUCGCUUUCUUAAUGGAAAAAAUUGUAAGAUCUAAGAAGAAA